AAACAUUCCCUUCGUUAUUCACAAUUCAUUCUCUGACUAACGAACACUAUUUUGAAUUCAUGUUUUGGAUUUCCCCGACAACUUGUAUUAUGGUUGUUCAUUGUGUAUUUAAAUAGGCAUCGAAGUGAUUUAAAUUGCAUUGCGAAUAAAUAUUAAAUGAAUACAAUACAUUUAGUGGAAUACAUUUAAAUGAUGUGUCUCGUUAUAAACAGAUAAUUAGAUAAACAAAAGCAAGCAAGAAAUAUGAUUGUUUUAUUGUUUGUAAUAUUAGGUUGUUUUCAACUCUCAGCUGGUCAGUGUACGUUUCCCUCCGGAUUCAGCAGCAGCGUAUGGACGAGUACCGAAUUUGGUGACAUUACUUUUGGAACAAACGUGGCUGAGUUCUCAGAAGAUGGUACAUCAGCCAAUUGGACAUGCGAGGUGUCGUCUGGCAGUAAAUAUGUUCUCCGGUCAUUUAACACAGAUUUUUCAGAUUCACUAAACGCAAACAUCUAUUUUUACUACUGUUUUGAAUUUCAUCAGCAAGGGUCAGAUUCCUACAUUUAUUACCACCCUACAGCAUUGGCGGGUGAUAAGAGAAGACUGAUGUUGGCUAGUGAUACAACAACGGUUGAUGCAGCGUGUUCUGAAGCAGUGGACACUGCUGAAUAUCACGUGAUGGUUAGAAAAGAUUCCGCCAGCACUGUAAAAUAUUACUGUGCAAGCCCGUUGCUUGGUGACUUUUUAUACUCAUGUCCAUCUAGUUCGGAAAAUGGUACAUUAAAUGUGUGUGACUCAUAUUCUCAACAGACGCUAGCUUUCAACCAUUCACAGUGCUCGCCAUCGUCUCCAGUUCUAUUUUCUACGGGAGGAGUUUUAAACUGUGUCGCGAAGACUUCAGCAACAGUUUCGUCGGCUACGGUUUAUUAUCAAACCUUGUUUAACACAGAUGCCAGUGUUGAUGGUCUAACUACAUUUCAAUUCGUAUGUCUGGCAGUAACAGAGGAAUCCAACGGACAGGUGUCGUUCUCCUAUAGCCACACCUCAUGUAUCGCAGGACAAACCUCUUCUACCGCAGCUGCUAAUGUGGCAACAUUCGAACCUCUUACAUCAACUAAUAAAAGUUUAUGGAAAUCACGGCGGCCCUUUGCCUUAAACCGUUACUGCAUUGAUGAAAACGAAUUCAACUAUCACUGUAGGGCUAAUUACUGUUCACAUUUUCCAGCCAUAACAGAAUCAAGUAGCAGCGGCGCCAACAUCGCGUUGAUCGUCGGACUGGUUGUCGGUUUCCUCGUUCUAGCUAUCAUCAUUGGACUUCUGAUCUUCUAUUUCUGUUACUACAAGAGAGACCCGAACGCUGGCAAACCUAUUAUAGAGAAUACAAAACCAAAAUUUGAAGACCCUGAAAAAGAUGAUAUCAUAGAAGACUUGGAGCUUGUGGACACAUCCUCUACACCAGUGACACGUGACGAGAUUACAUUCGAAGCGAUGAGUCCCAACAUACUCGCUAACGGCAAAUGGCCGAACGGAAAUAGGCUAUCAAUGAGUCCGAAUGGCAUUGUACCAAGUGGCAUGACAAAUGGUUCCGUGCGCAGAGACUCCGGUAUUGACAUGUCCGAAAGGUCAAGUGAAAGACCCAUGCCUAGAAUAGGAAUAAACGCUGCAAAGGAGUCGAUGGUGAUUUUCAACGGCGAUGAAAAAGUGAUAUCUGGGAAUGACACCAGAAUAGUUCCGAAUGAGAAUCCGAAUGCACGGACAUUACGAAUGGAUAACUCAAUGGCCGGAGAAGGGCCGCUAACUCUGCAAGGACUUGAUAAUGAAGAAUAUGAUGAGUUAGGGGAAUUGACUCAUAGAGAAAGCAUGCCCUAUCCAUCAUUGCCAAGAGAAAAAUCUAACCUGAUGCCACCAAUUGAAACAACAGACCCUGAAAAAGAAAAGGAGGAAAUGUAAAUCAUUAUAAAUAAUGUAAAUACAAUUAUUGUUUGUAAAUAAAGAUCGGCAUUUUGCUAAUUACAAUACAUUUCUGGCUACUACUAGUGAUAACUUUUUUUUCUAUUUUUGUUCAAGUAAUAUGUAAAUUAGCUAUAUUUUAUAAGUACAUGUUAUAAGUAGAAAUGUGUCCUUAUCUACGUAGAAAUAUAUACGGAUAUGUGUUUUAAGUACAUAAUUAUAUGCUUAUAAAAUGAAUGGAUAGAUUGUUUUAAACUUUUAAAGCGUAUGUAUAAUAUAUUAUUGUAAAUAUGUUUAAAAUACAUUUAUCAAACUUUG